CAUUUAGAAUCACUUUUUUUUUUUUCUUUCAGGAAAAGGAGCAUUGAAUUGCUUAUCCUGUGUGUGGAGUUACCACCUAGCGGGAGGAAUCUGCAUCUCGGACUGCCUGGUGGGGGAAUACAGAGUGGGAGAGGGGGAGAAGUUUAACUGUGAAAAAUGUCACGAGAGCUGUGUGGAAUGCAAGGGACCUGGCGCCAAGAACUGCACCAUGUGCCCCACCAGCCUGGUGCUGCUUAUGGAUGACAACCGUUGCCUACCCUGCUGUAAUGUCUCCGAUCCCUCCAAUGCCCAGGACUGCUGUGACUGCCGGGACACCACAGAGGAGUGUAUCCUUCAAGCAAGAGAAAUUGGACCUGCCGGUGAACGUACCAAGAUAGCCCUGUUCAUCACCUCCUCUGUUCUGCUGGUCCUUCUGCUCGGGGCCGCUGUGGUUGUCUGGAGGAAAUCGCGGGGCCGAGUCCAGCCAGUGGCGAAGGCCGGCUAUGAGAAGCUGGGCGACCCUAGCAAGUCAUAUGUUUCCUAUAAGAGCAGCCAUCGUGAAAACACCAGCUUUGAAGAGGAUCAGGUUACUGAGUACAGGGACCGGGACUAUGACGAGGAUGAGGAUGAUGACAUCGUCUACAUGGGCCAAGAUGGCACUGUGUACCGGAAAUUUAAGUACGGGCUGCUGGAUGAGGAAGGGGAUGAGCUGGAAUACGACGAUGAGAGUUACUCCUACCAGUAG